CUCAAGUUAUCGCCAGCCUGACGUCGUGAAGACCUUCACUCUCCGUGUGCAUACCAUCUUAUCUCAAUCUCUCUCUCUAAAUACCUACGUCUGUUCCAUUAUGCUCCGUUGACUGGCUCUGCUCAACGUCACAAUGCUACAACACUCGCUGUGUUCAACGUUGUCACCGCUUGCUCGAUAUUACGAGUUCCACUUUGAACAGUACCUUGUACAAAGUACCUCUGUGGCGACUGCUCUUGCAGCACAUUUAUUUUACACAGGUUUUGCUCAGCACAUAUCACCCUCAGCCGGAUAACCAUGGAGUGCGACAUAUGUGGAAGAGCUAGCGGCUCCGGGGUUCGCUUUCAUUGCCCGACAUGUGCGCGCAACAGGCUGUACAUGUUGCGUGCAGAGCAUUUGGCGGUUCUCCUUGAUAAGGAAGACAUGGGGCGCAGAGUCGAGGCAGCAGUUAAAGGACAUAGUGAAAAGCUACCACGAGAGACCUUGUCGCGCUCUGGCAGGAUUAUAGACACGCACGAUUGUGCGAAGUCUUCGGAGAUGGACAGUAUCAUCUCACAGUCAGCUUCUCUGGCGGAGCGUAUAGACACCAUAACUGAGCGUGCGCAAGCGCUUCGCGACGAGAUGGAGCAGUAUAAGACUGCUAUCAAAGCCAAAAAAGCCUCGCUACAACAGAGGAGAUCAGAUGCCGAAUCUGCCACGUUUGGUUUGGCUGAACGAGACGCCAAGGAUCUUGAGUCCAUCGAAGCCAGCAUACGACGAACGAGGCGACGAUGGGAGAUGAAACACCACGAGAUUGUCGAUGGGAGGGCUGCGUUGUGUCGACCGGCAGCUAGGCUUGCGGGCUUGCGACGGCAUCGACGGCCACGAGAGGACGGCAGUAUGCGCGAGUACUACACCAUCGGUUGUGGCAUACCCAUAUUCGACCUGCGAGAGCUCCACACUGCCAAACAAGAUGAACUUUCUGCCUCUCUAACGCAGCUUGCUUACUUGACGGCAAGAACUGCCAACUAUUUGGCCCUGCGCCUGCCAGCAGAGAUCACAUUACCGCAUAAAGAUUACCCACUGCCUACCAUUUUCCCACCGCAGUCAUCAUACCAAUCGCGGGAAGUACCGUUUCCUGGCAGCACCCCAUCUGGCUCAAGUUCAAAUAGCCCAGUUGCAUCUCGAACACUCGACACACGUUCCCUGCCCACACCACGGCCGUUGUUUCUGCGCAUGCCUCUCUCAAAACUCGCAAAGGACGACACCAGACAAUAUGCGUAUUUCAUAGAAGGCGUGACGCUGCUAGCAUGGGACAUUGCUUGGUUAUGCAAGAGUCAGGGCAUGAGUGGCUUUGACUCCGAGUGGGACAUAUGUGCAGUGGGCAGAAAUUUGUGGAAUCUAUUACUCGGAGAAAAGUCAAGCACAACAGAAGCCACGGCCAAGGACUCGGGAAACAAGCUUCCGCCAGACAACUAUCCGACCCGUUUUGGAGAGUUCUCGCACGGUACGGCCCAUUCGUUCUUUGGCUCUGCUGAAGGUAAGAAUGUGAUGAAGGACUGGCGCCUGCAGUCUCCUAUGCGAGCCAUUGUCAAGGUCCGGGAGUUUGUCAACAACGAGCUGCAGAAAGCGGAAUGGGAGGUGCUCCACGAAGCCGAGUGGGACGUGGAGGCGGGCAUGGACGAGGCGGUUUUGGUCGGUGGGAGAGAGCGCUUUGAUCAGGAGCAGAAGGCGUCCACUAAAAGUGCCCAAGCCAAGUCGAAAUCGCCACCGCCCGAGUCAGACUCAAAAAACAACAACUCGGUACGACCCGUAGGCAGACCCAUUACAAAUGACAAUCCCCACGGUGCACCAGCGUCUGGAACGUCGGGCUGGAUGAAGUUGCGGACAAGAUUGUCAGAACAGCAGAAGUAAAGGUCGCAUCUAUGGAGGCGGUUCAAGCGUCGCGGCUUGACGGAGGCCAAGAUUGUAUGUACAUGGUUCAGUUGACUCCUAUUACUCACACGCAAACCAAUUUAAAGAACAUCGCCAGCAA